GUGGAUACGUAUAAACACGGUUGUCUAGGCUACAGGAUCCGCUUACAGUAAAGAUUAUCAACUUUGCAAGACGAUGGGAGCUACACUUUCAUGCCGUGCUGAAUGGACCUCUGCUACUGAUAAAUUAGGAGGCAAGCUCGAUUUCAGCAAGAGCAAUGAGUCAAUGCUGCUAGAAAUACUACAGUAUGUUGAGGGCUUAUGCAGGGACCAUUCUAGAGAAGCUUUGGUGCUGUUCAAGCGACCCUUCGUAUGGACCACCUCUCUGAGCUACUCACAAUUCAACCAACUCAAGAACAACCAAGAGUAUGUUUUCAGUGAUAAUGUGAUAGUGUCCACUGCUAAGCAGGAUGGUGGGGACCCACAUCUCACUGUUACUGAAGAGUCAGCUGGGAGAGUUGAGAUUAGAGCUCUCAAUUUCAAGCAGCUCAACCAAGUGCUCAAAAUAGCCACCGACAAGAAACUGAAGGAAGUUCAGCUCUGUCUAGAAGCUAACCAAGACCCUAUUGCCAACAUUAUGGGACCUGCGUACGCGUCCAUCGGUAACAAGAACACGCUAUUAGAGAUCCACGAGCGACUGGCCAGAGAGAGAGCACGCGGCGAGGACAGUGGAUCAACUGAUGAGCUGGACUCUUCCUUCAGGCUACUACUGUUACUCAAUAGCCUGGAUGUUAGUCUAUUACACUCCACUGUCAAGCAGAUGGGCAAGGAAGUUCGAUUGUCUCCAGAAUCUGUCGAGUCUGAGGUUGAACUAUUGAAGCAGUUUAGUGGAAAUGAUGGUGACACUGCUUGUCUCAAGGAGAUCAAAUUCACCUCAGGUAUGGUAUUUUCCAAUGGUUGUAGAGCCCCACCGUGGAGACAAGUGCUAGGGGAUAUCUGCUACAUUGUGGUUGCCCCCGGUGAUGGGACUGAGUUCUGUGUCUCUGCUACCACUGAAGGAUACUUUAUCAACAAAGGUUUGACGUCAGAUGGAGAAGUUGGCUAUGAUCGUGUGGGUGAUGUUCACUCAACGUUGGUGGCCCUCAUCAAAACCAAGAGCAAGCAGUUCACCAGUAACAUACAGAAACAGGAGUUCAACUAUACUGACCCUAACACUGCCAACACUGAGGAGAGUGCGACCAUUAUACUGACGGAGGUGUCUAACUCAUCAGAAGCUAUUAAGAGGCCAGGAGAACAAGACAGGAAACCAACAUCUCAUAGCAUAAGAGCCACUCCUAAUAAGGCAGUUAUGGCUGGCAAGAAGAUUCCAAAGAGUACGUUUACUUCUCCCAAAGGGAAAAGUUUAGAGCCCUCACAGAAAUGGAAGAGCCUCGGCCUGGACACCAAGUACUACACCGCACCACAGAGUCCACUGAAACCACCCAGCACUAAGGGCAAGUCACGAUCCAUCAAAACUAGUGAAACAAAAGCAACGUCUGCAACAAGCAUGAGAUCAAAAUCACAUGUCAGUCGCGGUUCUACUGCCAAGAGUUGCGAUGAUUCUCCCGAUGGAGAGAGCGGUAGUGCCUCGGAUAUGAGUGAGGAGGAUGACACUACUGACAGACGCCCUGACUCCAACACUGACCUUCCCUCUGAGUACUGGCAGAUACAGAAACUCAUCAAAUAUCUCAGGAGUGGUAAUCAGACAUCAACUGUUAUUGCCCUGUGUUCAAUACUGGACUUUGACCUCAGCCAGGAGGCCUGUCAGCUUGCCAUACGUGAUUCCGGUGGUCUAGAUCUGCUAAUUAAUCUAUUGGAGACUGACGAUGUCAAGUGUAAGAUUGGAUCAUUGCGUAUUCUCAGGGAGAUCUCUAAGAACACUCAGACUAGAAUGGCUAUAGUGGACCUAGAUGGGCUCCCCAUGUUGGUAGACAUACUCCGUUCUCCUGUGAGGGGUCUCAAGUGUCUGGCUGCUGAGACCAUUGCCAAUGUGGCCAAGUUUAAGAGAUCUCGCAGGAUUGUACGACAAAAUGGGGGAAUCAAGAAACUGGUGAGCCUACUAGAGAGUCCUGGUCAACCUGGUUCACCCUUCACUGGGGAACAGAGUGACCUAGAGGUAGCACGCUGUGCAGCACUCGGACUGUGGAGCUGCUCCAAGAGCAAGAGCAACAAAAUUGCCCUUCUCAAGACUGGUGCUGUUCCUUUGCUGGGCCAACUUCUCUCUAGUGAUAAUGUCGACCUGCUCAUACCAAUAGUAGGGACUCUACAAGAGUGUGCAUCUGAGUCCUCCUAUCAGGGUUUGAUCCAGAGUGAAGGGAUGCUGGGACAUUUGGUGAGAGGUCUCAAGACUGACAACCAAGAGCUGCAGAAACACUGUGCAUCAGCCAUAUUCAAGUGUGCGGAGGAGGAAGUGACUCGAUCGCUGGUACACUCUCAUGAUGGACUCUCACCACUGGCUGCACUACUCAAGGUCACUGACAACAAGGACCUCCUCAUAGCCGUGACUGGGGCUGUAUGGAAGUGUAGCAAGAGCAAGGAAAAUGUCAUAAAGUUCAAAGAGUUGAAAGCAGUUGAGCAACUGGUAUCACUGUUGGGCAAUCAACCUGAAGAGGUUCUGGUGAAUGUGGUGGGUGCUCUGGGAGAGUGUGCUUCUCGAUAUGCUGACAGUAGAGUGGUCAUACGCAAGGUUGGUGGGGUAGCCCCUCUCGUUCAGCUACUCACAGGCACUAAUCAACCACUCCUCAUCAACACCACCAAUGCUGUGGGUGCCUGUGCACUGGACCAGGAGAGCAUGGCUGUGAUUGACAAACAAGAUGGAGUACGGUUGCUGUGGUCUCUACUUAAAUCACCCAAUGAUGAUGUCCAAGCAUGUGCUGCGUGGGCUAUCUGUCCGUGUAUUGAGAAUGCCAAGGAUGCUGGUGAAUUGGUACGAUCAUUUGUGGGAGGAUUGGAGCUCAUAGUAGGGCUGUUGAAGUCCCCUGACCACGAGGUCCUGGCUAGUGUGUGUGCAGCCAUUGCUAAGAUUGCCAAGGAUGAGGAGAACCUAGGAGUCAUCACUGACCACGGUGUGGUACCACUACUGGCUAAACUGACCCAUACAACGGAUGACCACCUCCGACGUCACCUUGCUGAUGCCAUGGCCAGGUGCUGCACAUGGCGUAACAAUCGUAUUGCAUUUGGAGAGGCGGAGGCAGUAGCUCCACUUGUCUCCUACCUCAAGUCACCUGACCUGGAUGUCCAUCGUUCCACUGCCUGUGCCCUACACCAGCUCUCAAAGGAUCCUGAUAACUGUAUCACCAUGCAUGAAGCUGCUGUAGUCAAGUGUCUCCUCCCUAUGGUGGGUUCCACUGACUUUGUCCUGCAAGAAGCUGCCGCUGGUUGUAUCAGUAACAUACGUCAUCUGGCCCUCGCCAAUGAGAAAGAAAAGUUCAUGUGAACUCAAUCUAUAAUAUAUAACUUGUGAGACUUGUUGACAGCAACUAUAAUUAUGCUGUAUGAUGAUAAUUAUUUUGAUUGUUAUGUUUUGCUUUGUUAAAAUACAUUUACAAAGUUAGCAUUCAUCGCUGUACCCCCCCCCUUG